UUAGUUUCCAGCUGCAGGCAUGACAGAACUGACAUCACUCAACGAUGAUACUGUGACUGAUGAGAGCUCAUUUCUUCUGUGUGGAGGAUGAAAAGUUCUUAAUACAGAUAAAGGCCCUGGACCAACCUCCAGGAUAAGAUACAUACCCUGAUCUCAUGGGGCUCAUAACCUACCAGGAGGUGACGGCAGUCACCAGGUUGCAAGAUGCUACGAGGACGUAGAACCAAACUGGGCAGGCUGGGGGUCAGCCUCUCCAGAGGACUUCACCACAAGGCUGUGAUGGCCCUCAGGCGGGAGGAUGUGAACGCCUGGGAGAGAAGGGCACCUCUGGCUCCCAAGCACAUCAAAGGGAUCACCAACCUGGGAUACAAGGUCUUGAUACAGCCUUCAAAUCGGCGGGCCAUUCAUGAUAAGGAAUAUGUCAAAGCUGGUGGGAUUCUUCAGGAGGAUAUUUCUGAAGCUUGCUUAAUUCUGGGAGUUAAAAGACCUCCAGAGGAAAAGUUAAUGUCCAAGAAGACUUAUGCAUUCUUCUCCCACACGAUAAAAGCUCAGGAGGCCAAUAUGAGCUUAUUGGAUGAGAUUCUGAAACAGGAAAUCCGACUUGUUGAUUAUGAGAAAAUGGUGGACCACAGAGGAACACGGGUGGUGGCGUUUGGACAGUGGGCAGGGGUGGCAGGGAUGAUAAACAUUCUACAUGGAAUGGGUUUAAGGCUCCUUGCUCUGGGACAUCACACUCCUUUUAUGCACAUCGGCAUGGCUCAUAACUACAGGAACAGCAGUCAGGCUGUGCAAGCUGUCCGUGAUGCUGGUUACGAAAUCUCUCUGGGUUUGAUGCCAAAGUCAAUAGGUCCCCUAACAUUUGUGUUCACAGGGACUGGAAAUGUAUCUAAGGGAGCCCAAGAAAUCUUUAAUGAACUACCCUGUGAAUAUGUGGAACCCCAUGAAUUAAGAGAAGUUUCCCAAACUGGAGACCUCAGAAAGGUGUAUGGGACAGUGUUAAGUCGCCAUCAUCAUCUUGUCAGGAAAACAGAUGGUGUCUAUGAUCCUGUAGAGUAUGACAAAUACCCUGAGCGUUACAUAAGUCGCUUUAAUACUGACAUUGCACCCUAUACAACUUGUUUAAUUAAUGGGAUCUACUGGGAACAAAACACCCCUCGCCUACUAACCCGCCAAGAUGCCCAAAGUCUCCUAGCCCCAGGCAAGUUCUCAGUGACUGGAGUUGAAGGCUGCCCUGCAUUACCACACAAGUAAGGAGAUUACUUCAGU